AAGAUAUUCAUAUUUAUGAUAAAAUUUUAUUUCUCUUAUUCAUUUGUAUAUACACGAUCGUAUUAUUGAUAUUAUCUUAAUUAUCGAGAGGUUUCGCUAUUAAAUGUAAGAUGGCGGCAGCUACGGCUGCGGCGCAACGAGUCGGCGAUCGACACGGUUGUGCCAUCCAUGAUGGCUGAGACAGUUUCCGAGAUUUCGAGCACGGUGUCGUGAGUACGCGUUCCCUUUAUCGCACGUUUAAUUGCUAGUGAAGCUCAUCUCCAGAACAAAAGGAUCCCGGAAAGAAUGACAGACAGUCCAGCGGCACUCAUCGAAGGUGACCCGCAGAAGGAGAAGGAUCCCGACGCAGACAGCGAUUCUAGCGUUGCAUGUAAUUCCGUGAUCCGUGUGGCGAACCAGGCGCUUACCGUUUCGCCACAGCCGGCAGUAACGGUGGAGGGGCCGGUGUCCAAAAUGUCUCCACCAACGAACGACGUGACCAAUGGUGUGGUAGCGCCACCCAACACCCUGGCGCCCCGGGUUUCACCGACCACGAACCCGGCCCUUACCACCAUCAACCCGCCAACGCACAAGCGGACUCCCAAGGACUUCAUCUUUGGCAAGGCGAUCGGCGAGGGAAGCUUCUCCACCGUUUACCUCGCCAAAGAUAUCCACACCGGGAAGGAGUACGCGAUCAAGGUGUGCGACAAACGUCACAUAAUCAAGGAGAAGAAGACCGAGUACGUGAAGCGAGAGAAGGAGGUGUUGAACAUGCUCGCGGGCGCGAAGCACUCGUUCGUGCGCCUGUUCUGCACCUUCCAAGACGUGGAAAGACUCUAUUUCGUAUUGUCCUACGCGAAGAACGGUGAGCUCCUGCCGUACAUCAACAAGGUUGGCUCGUUCGACAUCGAGUGUACCAAGUUCUACUCGGCGGAGAUCCUUCGUGCUCUCGAGUACCUUCACGGGCUCGGGAUCAUCCAUCGCGAUCUCAAGCCGGAGAAUAUCUUGUUGGACGAGAAGAUGCACGUGCUCAUCACCGAUUUCGGUAGCGCCAAGAUCCUCAAGGACCCGGAGACGGUGACGCAUCCCGCGGCGGACGAGUCGCAACAGCAGCAGCAGCAGCAGCAGCAACAACGCUCCAGGAGCGAGUACAUGAUAUUCCAGAAAAUCCUGAAGCUCGAGUACGAGAUCCCCGAUGGAUUUUGCGAGCUGGCGAGGUCCCUCGUCAGUCAGCUGUUGGUGCUCGAGCCGUCGCAGAGAUUGGGCGCGCAGGACGAACACGGUGCCGGUUAUCCCAGCAUAAGGGCGCAUCCGUUCUUCGAGGGUGUCGACUUCGAGACCCUCCACGAACAGACACCGCCGCCGAUAUACCCCUACCUACCCGGCACGUCGGAGAACGAGGAGCUCAGGUCGCAGUACAGGGUUCCCGAUCACCUGGAGCCCGGCCUCGACGACAAACAGCUGACGAGGCUUCUCGGUCUUGGCAUCGGCGAGGAUGAUGACGACGACGACGACGAGGACGCAACGACCGAGCGCGAGAAACCCGCGCAGACCAGCACCGUCGUAUGCGAGAAGCCGAGGAGGACCAAGAUCACCAGCGACGGUAACAUCGCCGACCUAACGCCUGAGGAGAUCAGGAACCGAUUGGAGAAGCAACGUGCCUCUAAUCAGUGGGACGGGUUCGUUGAGGGGAACUUGAUAUUGAAGCAAGGGUUCGUUAACAAAAGGAAAGGGCUCUUCGCGAGACGGAGAAUGCUUCUGCUCACUACCGGACCACACCUGUACUACGUUGAUCCUGUGAACAUGGUGCUCAAGGGGGAAAUACCCUGGAGUCCGGAGCUUAGGGUCGAGCCAAAGAGCUUCAAAAUUUUCUUCGUCCACACGCCAAACAGAACGUAUUAUCUGGAAGAUCCCGAGGGAUUCGCAUUGGAAUGGUGUAGAGCGAUAGAGAAUAUGCGAGUCCAUUAUUACGGCCUGCAGGAGUCCACCGCUUAAACAGAAGACUGAUGAACGGAAAUCGUGUUUCGGAUGGAACAGAGCGAAUGAACGUUUCACCGAUUACGGUAAUCACAAUGUCCGCGAGAUUCGAUCGCGGAUAUAUCAUUAUCCGUUCGUGGCCAGAGGAGGCGUUCGUAUAGAUCGUUUGUUAGCGUUGUAACUCGGCGUUGGGAGGAGGAGGGAUACAUUCUAGGAUAGGGUUAGCGUUCUUCUAACGCUUUCGAAGCGUUAUGUACAGUUUAGGAAAAAUUUUCUAGGUAAAAAUUUAAUGUGUCGGCGGCCCUCUGAUCAAGCUCAAGAGGGAUACGUCUCACGAGAGGAGAAGAAAAAGCGUAUCGAAAUCGUGCAGUUAUCCAUUUUUUUUUUUUUUUUCACUAAUUGUAUUGUUUUUCUAUUUAUUGUCUUGAACUCGGAUGAACUUGAUAAAAAAGGCUGCACGGCGUCUUUUAGCACGUGAAUUACACAGGGAAAUAGCGAAAUUUGUAGCCAAGGUUUUUAGCUGUGUAUAUAUUCAUUCGCACAGCGUUUGAGCGCCGCGAGUGACGUAACGUUAGUGAUCGAGGUCGCCUGAUCCUUACUUUCGUUAUAGAGAAAGGAAAAUAAAACUGUUCUUCAUCCGCGCGAAUUUCGUUAAAUAUUCACGAUACGCAAUCGAAACAUCACAAUCAAAAUUUUAAUCGGGUUAAGCCGAUGCUUCGUAAAUAUUUAAGAAAAGAAACGAGGAAAAAUAGUGUACCUGGUUGGACUAUAAUGGAACGGAGAUUAAUAUAGAUUAAGAUAGUGAAUGAAAAUCAGGCGUGCAUCGAUCACACGCGUUUAUAUCAUAAUAGCAGCGUGUAGUAAUUUUGUUCCAAAUAUAGUCAAAAUUAAAUAUAGAAAAAUUACAGGCGAGUUUUUUAGAAAAGAGAGAAUCGACAGCAAACGUGAGAGAGCAUGUAAAUUCGUAUGAUAGUUAAUCUGCUCGCUGUCGAUUUAUCAACAAAUCUAGAAUGUCAAUUUAUAUAGUCGAAGUUAAUCAAAAAAAAAAGAAAAAAAAAAAAGGAAAAAAAAA